GGUUGAAGUCCAAAGCUAAAUGCUGGAGAGACUCAAAGAGCGGAACUUGUGAACCAAUUGGAAGAUAAGACACGAGCUUUGGGGUUUUGGCGGUGAAGCUCCUUUUGGUGCUUCUUCAGUUACUUCUUCAAUGCAUGUUUUACUGGUUCCUGCAUGAUUGUUACCUUCCUCCAUGUAAAUUGUCCGAGAUGUGCUAGAGUUUAAAAAUGCCUAAGGUGAGGACAAAUCGGGUCAAAUAUCCAGAUGGAUGGGAAUUGAUUGAGCCUACUCUUAGGGAGCUGGAUGCCAAAAUGAGAGAAGCUGAAAUUGAUCCACAUGAUGGCAAGAGGAAGUGUGAAGGAUUGUGGCCUAUUUUCAAAAUUGCACAUCAGAGGAGCCGCUACAUUUUCGACCUUCACUAUAAGAGAAACGAAAUAUCUAAAGAGCUGUAUGAGUUCUGCUUGGAACAAGGCUAUGCAGACCGCAACUUAAUUGCUAAGUGGAAAAAGCUUGGAUAUGAACGUCUCUGUUGCCUUCGUUGCAUACAGCCGCGGGAUCACAAUUUCAGCACAACUUGUGUUUGCCGCGUUCCUCAGCAUUUAAGGGAAGAGAAAGUAGUGGAGUGUGUGCAUUGUGGAUGUAGGGGCUGUGCUAGUGGGGAUUGAUUGACUUUUCCAGGUAUAAUAUUUCUCUCUUGCGAGAGCUUAGCAUUUGCAUAUCUUGUACCUGAACCUUAUUUGUGGUCUAUGUAGAAUGGAUGUUUGUUACAUUCAACUGAACUAGAAUAUGUAAGGUAUUUCUGACUCAUGACCACCAGGGAUUGCAUUCGAGCUUACUUUCAACAGAAACUGUGCAUGUGUAGAAUUUAUGUACGAAUUAUCCAAACAUUAAGGAUCA